GCCUUGUCAGUUGAUUUGAACUCCUGUGCAGCCUCUGCCCAGCACCAUGACCUCCUGCCUCAGCUCAUCCUGCUCUCUGGGCUGCACCAAGCCCCUGGGAGCCAGAAACGUCUGCAUCUCCCCCGUCGAUGUCGAGUGCCAGCCCAGAGUGGAGUGUCUCUUGGCCAACGUGGCACACGCCAACCGCAUCCGUGUGGGGUCCACUCCCCUGGGCCGCCCCAGCCUCUGCCUGCCCCCCAGCUGCCAUGCUGCUUGUCCCUUGCCAGGGACCUGCCAUGUUCCCGGCAACAUCGGGAUCUGUGGGGCCUAUGGCGAAGGCAGCCUGAACGGCCACGAGAAGGAGACCAUGCGUUUCCUGAACGACCGGCUGGCCAACUACCUGGAGAAGGUGCGGCAGCUGGAGCGCGACAACGCGGAGCUGGAGACCAAACUGCGUGAGUGGAGCAGGUGCCACGAGUCCAGCGUGUGCCCGGACUACCAGUCCUACUUCCGCACCAUCGAGGAGCUGCAGCAGAAGAUCCUGUGCAGUAAGGCUGAGAACGCCAGGCUGAUUGUGCAAAUUGACAACGCCAAGCUGGCUGCCGAUGACUUUAGGAUCAAGCACGAGAGUGAACUCGCCCUGCGCCAGCUGGUGGAGGCAGAUAUGUGUGGGACCCAGAAGCUCCUGGAUGAUGCCACCCUGGCCAAGUCCGACCUGGAGGCCCAGCAGGAGUCCCUGAAGGAGGAGCAGCUCGCCCUCAAGAGCAACCAUGAGCAGGAAGUGAAGAUUCUGAGGAGUCAGCUGGGCGACAAGCUCCGGAUUGAGCUGGACACUGAGCCCCCCGUGGACCUGAGCCGGGUGCUGGGGGAGAUGAGAUGUCAGUACGAGACCAUGGUGGAGACCAACCGGCAGGACGUGGAGCAGUGGUUCCAGGCCCAGUCCGAGGGUAUCAGCCUGCAGGCCAUGUCCUGCUCUGAGGAGCUGCAGUGCUGCCAGUCGGAGAUCCUGGAGCUGAGAUGCUCGGUGAAUGCCCUGGAGGUGGAGCGCCAGGCCCAGCACACCCUGAAGGACUGCCUGCAGAACUCCCUGUGUGAAGCCGAGGCCCGCUACGGCACGGAGCUGGCCCAGAUGCAGAGCCUCAUCAGCAACGUGGAAGAGCAGCUGUCCGAGAUCCGGGCCGACCUGGAGCGGCAGAACCAGGAGUACCAGGUGCUGCUGGACGUCAAGGCCCGGCUGGAGGAUGAGAUCAACACGUACCGGAAACUUCUGGAGAGCGAGGACUGCAAACUGCCCUGCAAUCCCUGCUCCACACCUGCCUCCUGUACCCUUUGUCCGGGCCGUGCCCCCGCCGCCUGUGGGCCUCCCUCUGCCAGUGGAGCUGUCACCUGCAGCCGAUUCUGA